AUGCUCUCCUUUUCACCCUCGUCGGAGUACAUUUCCCAUGUCUACGAAACCAUUGAUCAGCAUCUCGGCGCCGGAGUCCAGGAGUCGAUUGUGCGCUUUUUGGAGGAUACCCUCUGUGAUGCCGACGCGUCGUGCCGUAUCGUCAGCUUGGGCAGUUUUUGA